GUGUCCCUUCUUCUUACCAACCACACAUUCACCUACUUAACGACAUCGCACAGGUCCUAUCUGACGGUGAUCUUGUCGAGAGUCAACACUCACAUUCUUUUGAAACCGACGCUCGUUACACUUAUAUCUCAGCAGUUAGAUAUCGGACAUGUUUACGCCUCCCCCGUCACCUUUCCCAUCCAAAAGUUCUGAAUUGUCCGAGCUGGAAAUGACUAAUGAUACCCCCACACACGCUAACCUAUCUGCGUUCCCCACACAUCCAUCCCAAUCCAAACAAAAAUGCACCCUUGCUCUUCGCUGGACGAUCAUAUUGGUACCAAUAACUCUCAUCGCAAUUGGCGUGUCCACACGAUUUUUUAUUCAUCCAACAGCAUUUGAUACCUUUUCGCCAAAUUCAAUUCACGAGUGGAAAACGUGGACCAAAAGCUUGACCGAUUGGUCACUGCAUGAGAGGCACAAACCUACCGAGAGCUCCCUAUGGCUCGCGAUAAUACCUGGCACAAACGCGUUACCUGUCAUCAAGAGGAGUACACCUUUAGCCACCCCUGCACCCACCGUUCCAAUAAAUCCAACUUUGCCAACUCCAUUUCCCCAGCCCUAUGACACAACUUUGUCGCCAAAUUUCUCCACCACAUCCUGCUACAAUUUCUUCCUCAACAUGACACAGACGAAUGCUUUACGAUCUUGCCGCCCUUUCUCACUCUUGCUCACUCGCUCUCAAGCAUUUAUACAGAAUCAAAAUAAUAUAAAUGCAACGAACAUAGAUAUUUGGGGAACGUGCAACACUGACCUCUCCUCAAGUCAAUGUGACCUAAACAUGGCGUGGUUUACAUCGUCACUACGUUCUUCAUGUGCUACCGAUUUGAGUAACCAAAACGCUAUGGCAGUCAGCACAUUGAUAGGUCUUCAAGCAUUUGACUUGAUGCGGCAGGCAGCGUGUUCCGUGGAUCCUGUGGCAAAUGCAUAUUGUUAUGUCGAAGCUGUGGCGAGCUCUGAUGCCUCCAGCUAUUAUUUCUACCAGCUACCCCUCGGACAGGCACUGCCCAAAAUCACCAGCGGGGCAUGUAACUCUUGCACCAAGAGCCUCAUGUCAAUGUAUUCAGCUGCUUUGAGCAGUGCAAACGCCACGAGCCUGACAGGAUUGCAGGCUACGUACGGUGACGCGGCAACCAAACUGAACGAUGCGUGUGGAUCGCCUUAUGCCCAAACUUCGACCGUGGCGUCCUCGUCAGCGCCGCCGAACAUUGACUUGACCAGCGUGGGAGGGACCUGGGCUGUGCUGUUGGCUGUGGGUGUACUAUCGACUUCAAUGUCGUCAUAGGGUCGAUUUGUUACCUGGGACAAUUUAUCGGCUGAUCGUGUUUCAUCGAUUUUUGGGCUAUUUAGUUUUCGUUUUCUUUGCGGAUCUACUCACAUGGGCGUGCGGGCUAUCACUCUGGACUUUAUUC